AUGCCUUGCCUCCUUCCAUGCCUCCUGCUCGCAGCCGCAGCGCGUGGGCUGCUUGCAGAGGCUCAGGUGUCCAACGAGACCGCGGUCGACGCCCUGAAGCGGAAUAACAAGUACUUGGCCGCGAUGCUGAAGAACAGAUCGAAGGAGGUGGAGGGCGAGAGCAGUCACGAUCGGUCGGCAAGGUCUUCCUCGAUCAUCCGCGUGAUCAACAAGUGCUACCGGGAGCCCAUUUGGAUCGCUCACUGCUGCAAUUACAACUACCGGCAGAAUGUGAAGAUUGAUGGAGGUGCCUCGCAUGACUUUCCGGCCUAUGCCGGGCUUCGGGGCUUCCGGCUGUGGCCAAAGAUGAGGUGCAAUUCUGACGGCAACGGCUGCUACAUUGGUCAGAGUGGGGGCAAGGGUCAGCCAUGCGGGACCGACGGAAACUGGCGCUGUCAGCCGCACGUCGACACAAAGUUUGAGGCGACUUUCGGAGGCCGCGCGGACUACUUCGACAUGAGCAUGGUGGACGGAUACACUUUGCCAUUCCGGUUGAAGCUUCGCGGCUGCUCUGUUCCAGGUCUUGGCACUUCUUUGGACUGCGCAGACAUGACGCUGAAUGCCUGCCCUGCUGCAAACAAGGAGUUUUACAACGGAAAGCUGAUGGGCUGCCAUGCACGGGGCCGUCCUGGGCACGGGACCGGCGAGUACAUCCACCUGGUCCACCGGCUUUGCCCCAAGACCUAUGCCUAUGACCUGGACGAUAGCAAUGGAAACCACAACUGCCCGCAUGGCACCACCUACGAGAUCACCUUCCUGUGCCCUGAUGCCUAG